GUCUGGUGCAACAACCCCCAUCACUGGAGCUAGACACAAGGCGGUGGGAAUGAAGUGGCCGGAGCCGGUAAAAUUUGUGCAAGAACUCGCCGAGAGCCGCAUAAAACUCUUGCCACCACAAUACAUCAAAUUUGAGGAAGGCCAAGCUCUGCAUGGAUUAACGGCGCCGCCGCCACAGAAGCUUCCUCCGGUGAUUGACAUGUUGACCAUCAGUGGAGCAUGCGGCACUGCCGAAAAGAAAGCCAUGCUAGAGAUGUUAGGUUCUGCAUGCAGGGAGUGGGGAAUGUUUCAGGUCGUAAACCAUGGGAUCUCACCCGAUUUGCUAGAUGCAGUGAAGAGGGUCUCAAGAGGGUUCUUUGAUCUGCCCAUGGAAGAGAAGCUCAAGUAUGCAAACGACCCUGUAACAUACGAGGGCUAUGGAAACAGGAUAGGAGUGCUAGAGGGCUCAACCUUGGACUGGAACGAUUACUUUUAUCACUUCAUUCGUCCUGUUUCCGCCAUCAAUGGACAGAAGGUGUGGCCUCAUUCACCCGAAGACUACAGGACUAUUAUCAGUGAAUAUGGGGAGAAGGUGGUGGAGCUGUGUGAAGCAUUGCUGUCAAUAUUCUCUGAGGACAUGGGAUUAGAGAAGAAAGAGACGUUGCUUGAAAGUCUUGGUGGGGAUGAAAAGCUGGAAGCUGGCUAUAGGAUGAACUUUUAUCCAAAGUGCCCACAGCCAGAACUUGCAUUGGGUUUGUCACCCCACACUGAUCCUGGAGCCAUGACUGUACUGUUACAAGAUCAUGUCUCAGGCUUGCAACUCAACAAGGAUGGAGUCUGGAUCCCCAUUCCUCCCCUCCAAGAUGCAGUUACUGUUUUCCUUGCUGACCAACUCGAGGUAACAACUUCAAAUUUUAAGCCCUCCUUGUCCUUAGAGAUCACCAAAUACAAUUGGUGACAUUUGGAAUCAUCAUCAC